UCUGUGGUAUUAAUGUGCAAGGAUGUAAGUGUGAAGCAAUCAAAAUGAGGAAAUGCCAAACUCUAAACCAAGACAACAAAAAAUCUAGAGAGUUGGCUAGAGAGAGAUUGCUGGGAAAAUGUGACGUGAGGGUUCCAGUGGCCUCUGUCCCUGAUGAUUCGGUUAUUAUUUGAUUUAUGUGGUCUUGCUGCUGCCCUUGCUUUGACCCUCAGAAAGGCUGUGUGGGAAGUUUGUGUCUCAGAUAGAGGAAAGCACUGCUCUGUAAAGUGUUUGGAGCCAAAGUGAAUGCAAAGAAACUAAUACAGGAACACUUUGCUCCAGAUGCAAUACGGGUUGCACCCCAAGGAGGAAUGAUCAAGAGGGCAGCUCCCUGCGACUGAGUAUUUACUUUUUGAAAACACAAAACACACCAAAGUGAAUGAAGCACUGGGAGUUGGAGCAGAGCAUGGCUAAUACCUUUGUGACAGUGCCUGAUGGGUACUGUCUUAGUGAGCCAAUCCAAUAUUAUGAUGUUUUGCCAGAACACAUCAGUUAUCCACUACAAGACCUUGACUUCCAGACUGCUCCGUAUUGUCAGUAUUCAACCGUUCAAUUUCCUCCAGUGUUACAGACACCAUCUCCCCAGUCACAGUACAGCACAUACAACUUGGACUCUCAAUACAGUGAUGGGCAAUACAUAAUCAGCAACUGUGAACUCAGUAAACCCACCUGCAUGGGUGCCCAUAAUGAUGGGGGAGGUUAUCUUGGACAGAAAAGACCCAGGCUGAGUCACACCACCUUGCGAAUAAAAGGACAGGAGGAGCUCUGUGUGGUAUGUGGGGACAAGGCUUCAGGAUAUCAUUACAAUGCACUCACCUGCGAGGGCUGCAAAGGAUUCUUUCGACGUAGCAUCACCAAAAAUGCAAUUUACAGAUGCAAGAAUGGAGGUCACUGCGAAAUGGAUAUGUAUAUGAGAAGGAAAUGUCAGGAGUGUCGGCUGAAGAAGUGUAAAGCUGUGGGGAUGCUGGCUGAAUGUCUAUUAACUGAAGUCCAGUGUAAAUCAAAGAGACUCCGAAAGAAAAGCAGUUUCCUUUGCAACAUCAAAUUAGAAGAUGAAGGAGUAGACCACAAGCAUGUAUCCUCUACAACGAAACUUUUAAAAGUCCAGGAAAGAAUGGAACUUACUCUUGUGGAAAAUCAGCUCAUUGAGCAUAUUGUGGCUGCCCAUCAAAAAUGCACAAUUCCUCUGGAGGAAGCAAAGAAGUUUUUGCAAGAAACCGCCAAUCCUGAAGUGAACUUUCUACGACUCUCAGAAACAGCUAUGGUCCAUGUGCAGGUACUAGUGGACUUUACAAAAAGACUCCCAGGGUUUGAAAGCUUAGCCAAUGAUGAUCAGAUUGCAUUGUUGAAAGGUUCCACAAUUGAAGCAAUGUUUUUACGUUCAGCCCAGAUUUACAAUGAACAAGGUAUUGAAUGCCAGUCAUCGUUCAGUGAAAAUCAUGUAAAGUUUUCUGACCAUGCUAUGUGUGGUCAAAACAAAAGCACUUACUCCAUACAAAUAUCUCAUACUGAAGAAAGUCCAUCAUCUACGACUACAACAGGUAUCACUGAGGAAUUUAUCACUGCACUAUUUUACUUCUACAGAAGCAUGGGAGAACUUAAUUUGACUGAGACAGAGUAUGCUCUGCUUGUUGCAACUACUGUGUUUUUUUCAGAUCGGCCACUCCUAAAAAACAAACAACAUGUGGAAAAACUCCAGGAACCCUUUUUAGGAAUUCUGUACAAGUAUUCAAAAAUUUAUCAUCCUGAAGAACCACAACAUUUUGCUCGUCUCAUAGGGCGGCUCACUGAACUCAGAACCCUCAAUCACAACCACUCAGAAGUGCUAGUAACUUGGAGAACAAGGGAUCCUAAGCUAUCCUCUUUACUUUGUGAAUUUUGGGACUUGCACUAAGCAAUUUUUACUUAAAUCAUUACACAAGUCUGUUUUUCUAAAAUAUGCUUUCCCCUAAUUACUGUAUUCUUAUUAAAACAAAUCUCAUUUAUGUUAAAUGGCUGCGGAUUCCUUUAAACAAAUACUGUGCUUUGAUUAUUAUUUUUAAAAAAUCACAUCCAUGUUGUAAAACCGAUGUAUAAAACAUGUUUGACAGCUGAAAAAUAUGAUAAUGUACAAUCUAUGAAAUUUUUUGCCAUACCUGAAAAGAUAUGUGGAACACAGGAUUAAGGGUCUGGAUUCAGUCAAUCCUUAUAUAUGCACACUCAACCUUCUAACCCUUGAAGCCAAAGUUUGCAAAAAGUUGGUAGCAGGAAAUUCCGAAAGCAGAAUAGCACAUAUGGGAGGUUGUGGUGAGGGGUACGAUUAUCCCCUAACUCAGUACUUUAGGUCGCUAUGUUUCAUUAUUCAAAAUGAUGAAAGAAUCCAAGCCUACAUGCAGACUUAUGCUGUAAUGGCCCAUAAGAAGCAUAUAUACAGGAUUACAUAGAUAUUGCAAGUAGAAUGUUCUAUACUUAAAAAACAAAACAAAAAACUGAUUGCAUAAAUUACUUCCGCAUUGAACUGGGUCUUAGCUGAUUACGGUUUUUGGGGUUUUUUUUACACAUAUACACCUCUAAAAUGGCUUCUCUGGACCAUGCCAUCCUUAAGAUACUAUGUCCCCUCUUGACUGCCAAAGCUAAAUAUUUGCAAGCAUUAAAAAAAAAAAAGGAUUUAUUAAUAUUCUUUUUCUUCAAUGUAAUCACAAAGUCCAAAUGAAUGAAAUUAUGGGUUAAAUAGUUAAUUUCCAUGUAAACACAAAAGGAGUAGUAAGAUAAUAGAGUAGAAGUGUUGACAAUAUGGUUGAAACGGAUUUCAGAACAAGAUUAUUCUAACUUUCCCCUUAACUCAGAUUUUCAAAAUGGAUUAACAUUUCAGCUACAGUUCAACUUUUUAACAACUCUGUAGAUGGAGGUAAUAAGUAAUCUUUUGGUUUGUUUGCCGGUUCUAGUGGACCAACAGCUAGAAUAUUCAGUACCAGUGCCUGACUGCUGUCUUCAGUAAAAACUUUCAAGUAUGUUAAUAUUUAUAGGAUAAACUGAAAAUCCAUAACACAUCAUAUUCAUUAUCAUUUUAUGUCAUUUUUGUCAAAAGCAAACAAUUGUAAUUUAGUUUUGAAAAACAAAAAACCCAAAACAAAUACCCAGAAAACUCCAUGUAUGCUGUGCUAUGUACAGGUUACCACAAUACAAUAUAAUUCAAGAUUGCCAUGUUUUUGUAGAUAUCUCUUUAAAACUUCAGUCCUACUGAAAUUGGACUAGUGUAUUUAGAGACUGAUGCUCAUUCAUUCAGUGUCAGGUGUGCUUAGUCCUGUUGAAACUGAAAACAGUGGGUUAGUUGCAUCUUAGAGUUAGUUGAGAGUCUUGAGACUAAAUUUUCCAAAGGAUUUCAGCAGAACAUACAUAACUAAGUUGCUUAUUCCACUUUGUAUUUAUGAUUCAUAAUAUUUUGUGAGAAUUUCCAUUUGAUCUUUUCCUAUCAUUUUUGUUACAAUAAAUCUGAUAAGACAAUAUUCUAAUUCAAUCACAAAUGUUUAAAAUAUGCAUAACAAUGGUGUUUUAAUAUUGCUGCUGUUAACCUUACAUAUAUUAUAAUUAAAAUAUUAUUUUUCAUGUCUAAACUAUAUUGUAGUGUAAAUAGCUUAUCUGAAUAUAUAGCUAAUAUUUUUAAUACAUGAAACAUACAUUUUGUAAAGUGCUAUGUUUUUCAGAUAUACAUAUAUUUAAGUAAUAAAUGUACUAUUACUCUG